GGAAUUGGGACAGCAGAGCAGCUUAAGCAUCCUUACUGGUGAAUCUGAUCUGACGAUAUCAAUCAUAGGACUAUGAAGCUGCAGAGUUCUUCCAAGAAAGGGUUCCAAUCCAGGAUAGCUUUUAACACACUUUAUUUGUUAAAGUAUUUCGGUAUUGUGACUACGGAGCAAAAGGAGGUGUAAUAUGUAAUUUCAGGUCAGAAACGGGAUCAGAAACGAAAGAAGAAAGAUGCUGUUUGACCAGUCCUCAAUGUGAACUGAGUGACGUACCUCCAUGUGGGCGGAGUGCCCGCCCCUCCAUGUGGUGCUCCGUCUGCGGGCUGCUGCAGUCAGGGGCUUCUCGCUGGCUCUGACUAUGCUGGUGAGCAGCUGUGUCAUAUCCGAGCCUCAUGGUGGUACGUUCCGACAAGGUCGGCUCGACACCGUGCGAGAAAUCAGAACUUCGUCCUACAAGACGCGAAACAAGAAGUACUCGUCACCUUCCGAUUGGUAGAGGACGGUGGCUAAGCAACAAGUGUAUACACUGUAAAGAUUCGAUUGCGUGUCUGUUUGGUUGGCGAAGGGUCACCGACUCGAAGCAGGAGUAAGCGACACGAAGAUACGUUACUGCUUAGUUGGGAGCCGGUCUUCUGCGUGGAGGACCUGGUCGAAUCCUCCUGGACCCGUCACCUUCCAGCUGGUCCCGCAGAGUCCCCGUGCUUCCAGCAUGUCCUCCCUGGUGCGCCUGAGGCUGCUGCCCAGCGCCAAGUGCCUGUACACCCAGCCCGUCCGGGUGCUGGUGGACGGCCUGCGCUCGUCCCAGGUGGUCACCGUGAAGGCCAGGGCCACCGACGAGAAGGGGGUGCCGUUCCACGCCUCCGCCGUCUACAGGGCCGACGCGGGCGGGGCCGUGGACCUCGGCAGGGAGCCGUCGCUGGGCGGGAGCUACACGGGGGUGGAGCCCAUGGGUCUGCUGUGGUCCCUGAGGGCCGACGCCCUCCACACCAAGUUCUGCAAGAGCGACUCCCGGAGGCCCCACGUGGUCAGGUUCUCCGUGCACGAUGGAGUGGCGGGGACCGGCCCCCUGUUGGCCGAGGCGACCAAUGAGAGGCGUCUGCUGGCGGAUGGGGUCGAACGGCAACCAAUCAAAGAAGGGAACAUCCGGGGAGUUCUCUUUGUACCCCCUGGAGAUGGCCCCUUCCCUGCUGUCUUGGACCUCUACACAUUUGGCGGUGGGCUGUCUGAGAGACGAGCCUCUCUCCUGGCCAACGGUGGCCUCAUGGUUCUGACUCUGGCGCUGUACGGUCAUGACGACCAGCCCAAGAAGGUCACAAAGCUUCACUUGGACUACUUUGAGGAGGCAAUACAGUUGUUGAGGAAGCAUCCAAAGGCUAUGGAUUCGGGCGUUGGCUUAAUAUCAAUAUCCAAGAGCGGAGAUCUGGCACUUUCCAUCGCCACGCACCUCCCAAACGUUAAAGCCACCGCGUGGAUAAACGGCUGCUGCUCCAACGUCGUGCUACCCCUCUACUACAGAGGGAGUCAAAUCCACUCUGCCCUGAUGUACGACGCCCGUGGUGUUACGGUCACCGAGUCUGGGGCUUUGAACAUAAAGCACGGCCUUCACGACCCUCUGGCCCCGGAGAACGAGGGGUCGCUGAUCCCCAUCGAACGAGCCACAGGGCGCUUCCUCUUCGUGGCCGCCGAGGACGACCUCAACUGGGACAGUUGUAAUUUUGCCGACCAGAUGACGGAGAGGCUGAGACGUCAGGGGAAGGACAACUUUGAGAAGGUGGUGUACCCAGGAGCAGGGCACUAUCUGGAGCCACCCUUCGGGCCGUACUGCCCGUCCAGCUUCCACGGGGUGGUGGGGGCGCCGGUCGCCUGGGGCGGGGAACCCAAGGCCCACGCCAAGGCUGAGAUGCACCUGUGGAACAAGAUCCAAGAGUUCUUCAGAACGCACCUGGUCCCAGUGGCUGGGGCAGCCAAAGCUAGGUUAUAGGAGGCUGCAGCCUCCUAUAACCUUAAGGUCCAGAGUAAAAGAUCAAUGACUGUAAUGAUUUGUGCCUCCUUGUUUUGACAUGAAAAUAUGAGUCUUGUUUGAUGAAUUGCCAUAUCACACAAAGAAAGGUAUACUACUGAGGCAUGUUCCCAUCUUGAUUAUGUGUUCAUUUAUUUGUAAUAGAGGCAACAUGGUGGGAUCUGCAGUUUUUCCCUCUAAUCUUUUACUUUAGCUACAGCAUGAACCUUAGUUGUUUUCUUGACCUACACACAAUGUUGCCCCAGUUAUCUUGAAAAGGUAAUCUGAGCACCGAUUACUCCUGUAAGAAGUAACUAAGUUACUUUUAGUCAUUACUUGAUUUUAAAAGUAACUAAAUUAGAUUACAAGUUACUUCAUUAGUUAUAUGCAGAAGCUGCCAAUAACACUCAAUGCUGUAGCCACACCCGCACACCCACCCUGUCGACAAUCUUCCGGCGCGUCUGCGUGACACUUGUCGCAUACGUGAUACUUCAUCGAGAGGCAAGAAGAAAGCAAAAAUAGAUAUUUUUAGAUGUGACAAAAAUAGUAACGCACAGUGAUUUGGAUAAGUAACUCAAAUCUGAUCACUUGUUUGGAAAUAGUAACACAUCAGAUUUCUCGUUACUGAAAAAAGUGGUCAGAUUAGAGCAUCACUGCUUGCACAUAAGAAUUACUUCUUUAUGCAGUCUUGACUAUUUAGCAAAUGCUGUUCACUUUCCUUUCACUGACCGCUUUUUAUGUGCGUAGUGAUACUUUUGUCGUUGUAGUCAAACUGUUACUACAGCCAUUUUUUGUUUUUCUUUUUGUGCUUCAUGGCUGUAGUCAACAAGCAACAUUGGUUAACUGCAGAUGUAACGUGAUUUGACGCAAGUUUAAAAUACUGGAGCCAAGGGGCAGCCUGGGACAAUGUUAUUUUCCAUGGCCACUGUCUUUGGCCUUCUCUCUGUGUCAUUGGGUUUAGGGUUAGUGAGGAAAUAUCCUGACUCACUGUGUGUCUGCAUCUAUAGACAGAGGAGAGUGGGCCUCAACACACCCAUGGAUCAACCUGCAAUGUUGUCUGUAUUGAGCUGAUUCACACAUGUCACUUGUCAUUUUGAGAGGACUCAAAGAGUUAGGCCUAUAACACUGAAAAGUGCUAUAGGCCAUAUAACAAUGCUAUAUAACAAUAAAGCAACAUGUUUUCCCUCUAAGACGUGAAUAAGGUCAAUUGAUGGGCUGUAUCCAUAA